AAAUAAUUCCAUAGAAACAAAAAACACACCACUAUCAUUAUCAUUUUCAACAUAAUCAUUAUCAGAUCAUCAUCAUCAUCAUCAUUCUUUAUCAAUGUAAAUGAGAAAUGGAGAACGAAAAUCAAACAAAUAUUGUGCCGGUUAUUGUCACCACCACUGUAACAACAACAACAACAACUUCGGCUUUUACUGUUGCCGCUGUCGAAGUUGAUGUUAAUGUUGAAGAUAAUAUUAUUGUUUAUAUUAUAUCCGUAAGCCUAAUUUUAGGCAUAUUAACUUGUUUGACUAUUAUUGGAAACGUAUUUGUGAUUGCUGCCAUUAUAAUGGAACGUAAUUUACGUACUACUGCUAAUUAUUUAGUAUUAUCAUUAGCUGUUGCAGAUUUAAUGGUUGCCUGUUUUGUAAUGCCAUUGGGUGCCGUUAGUGAAAUUCGUCAACAAUGGUCAUUAGGUACAUUAUUAUGUGAUGUAUGGACAUCGGCCGAUGUUCUUUGCUGUACAGCUAGUAUACUACAUCUUUUGGCCAUCGCUUUGGAUCGUUAUUGGGCUGUUACAUAUGUUGAUUAUAUACAUAAACGUACACCACAAAGAAUAUGUUGGAUGAUAUUUGCUGUAUGGACAGUGGCUGCAAUCGUUUCAAUACCUCCAAUACUUGGUUGGAAAGAUCCAUAUUUUAAUGUACGUGUUGAACAAGAAAAACGUUGUCUAAUUUCACAAGAUAUUGGUUAUCAAGUUUUUGCAACUAUUUCUACAUUUUAUGGUCCAUUAAUAUUUAUUCUACUUCUUUAUUGGAAAAUUUAUCAGGUUGCACGAAAACGUAUCCGUCAUAAACCAGGCAAAACAAUUACACCAGCUUCUGCUACAGUCAAUCCAAAAAUGAUGAUACAUAUUGAUGACGAUGAAAUUGUUACAAAAAAGUUUUCAUUCAAAAAAAGAAUAUUUUCAUUACCACAAAAAUUACCAUCAACAUCUAUGGAAAAAGAUUUAUCAAAUCAAGUAUUACGAAACAAUACUAAUAAUAAUAAUAAUAACAAUAGUGAUGAUCGAAUCGAAUCGAUGGAAUUUUCACAUGAAAAAGGCCAUUGUAAUCUUGAUGAUGAUGACGAUAUGAUGAACAAAGAUGAAUUGAAACAACAUCAACAACAACAGCAACAAUUACGACAUAUAGAGCUACAUUGUACAAAUGAUUCUAAUGAAGGAUAUCAUGAUAGCUGUGAUGAUUCGUAUAUUGGCGAUAAUAAUAAUAAUAUUGAAAACUUGUGUCUUGUCGAUUUGAAUGCUUCCACAUUAAUGAAUCAAAAUGUUCAACAUCAUUAUAUCAACAAUAAUCACAUCAAUAAUAAUGUUAAAAAUAACAAUAAAAAAGAUAGUUUUACAAAUUCAAAUAAUAGUGAUUUGAAACAUGGAAAUCAUCGUCGACAUUUAUCAUCAUCAACAUCAUCAUCUUCAUCAUCUUCUAUAGAUGAGAAUACAAUAAUUAUUGCCGAUUCGAAUGAAGUACAAUGUUUGAAAAAGAAUUCUACAUCGACACCUCCAUCGAAAUCUUUAACGAUAACUUGUAAUAGUGACAUUGAUUAUUCUGGUCUGAAUGAUAUUUCCCCCACAACCGUACAACAAUCCAUUCAUAUUACAACACCGGCAACAACGACAACAAUUGAAAAUGAAACAAAUCAUAAAAAUGCUCAAAAAAAUCUACAAAUGAAUCAAUUACAAUUACGAAAAGCAAUUAAAGAAUCUAUCGAAUCAAAACGUGAACGAAAAGCAGCAAAAAUUUUGGCCAUUAUCACUGGUAUAUUCGUCAUAUGUUGGCUACCAUUUUUUGUCAUGGCUUUAGUGAUGCCUUUAUGCAAGAAUUGUCAACCUAGCAAAUAUACUUUCAGUAUAUUUUUAUGGCUAGGUUAUUGUAAUUCAUUGCUCAAUCCAAUAAUAUAUACAAUUUUCAGUCCUGAUUUUCGGAACGGAUUUCGUCGAAUACUUUGUGGAAUAAAGGGCAGACAACGUUGAUUAUCAUUACAUUGUGAAUUAACCUUGAAAACGAAAACGAGUACAAUAUCGAAGAAAAAAAAUGAUGUAAAUAAAGACAUGAAUCCUGAAUGAAAUAACCAUCAACAAACUUAU